AUGGGCCACAUCGUCGUGACCGGCGGCUCCGGCAAAGUAGGCCAAUUCGUCAUCAGCGAACUCCUCAACGCCGGACACAAAAUCCUAAACCUGGACCUAAUACACCUGGAACACCCAUCCGUGCACACUCUAAAAACCGACCUCGCAGACAGCGGCCAAGUCUUCAAUGCCCUCUCCGGCCAAUGGACCCUCACCGAGCCCUUCCCAGAAGGCCUCCCACCCCGCCCAGACGCCGUAGUCCAUCUCGCCGGCUACGCACGCAACAUGCUCGUACCAGACAACGAGACCUUCCGCUCGAACACGCAGGGCACAUAUAACAUCAUCGAGGCGGCGUGUAAGCUCGGAGUGCGCAAGAUCGUCAUUGCGAGUAGCAUAACAGUGUAUGGAGUAUCAUUUGCGCAAGGCGAUGCCAAUUUCCCCUCAUUUCCGAUCCACGAAGACCUGGACAUCAACCCGACAGAUACGUACGCGAUCGCGAAACUGUGCAACGAGCGCAUUGCGCGGGGAUUUGCGUCGCGGUUCGGCGCGGAUAUCUACAGUCUACGCAUUGGACGGCUUAUCGAGCCCUAUGAGUACAAUGGGGAUAUUUUCUACAGCUAUGUGCAUGAGCCGGCGCUGUGGAAGGUGCAUGGGUGGUCGUAUAUUGAUGCGCGUGAUCUGGGUGCGAUGUGUGAGGCGGCGGUGCGGACUAGUGGACUUGGGUUUCAGGUCUUCAAUGCUACCAAUGAUCAUAUUACCAAUCUUAGUCCUACGAAGGAGUUUUUGAAGUCGCAGUUCCCGGAUAUACCUAUCACGCGUGAGAUGGGGGAAUUUGAGGCGCCGUUUUCUAAUGCGAAGAUUAAACGGCUGCUUGGGUUUAAGGAGAAGCAUCAUUGGCAUAAGUAUUUUAGUAAUUGGGAGAGGAAGAAAGAGAUUGAGAUGGAGAAGAAGGAGAUGGCGAUCACCCCUCCCGACUUCAUCAUGGAUCAGGCAAAGUUGGCUAGAAUGCAGGCGAGCGUUCGCAUCGCCCUGGAGCUUGGUCAUAUCUCAAUCUGGCAAGCUACUUGCAUGACCUGGACCUUCGAUGGCAAGGGUACUCCCCGCCGCAAGGUCAAGAAGGUCGUCCGCAACUCCGGCGCCGAUGACAAGAAGCUCCAGGCCGCUCUCAAGAAGCUGAACGUCCAGCCCAUCCAGGGCAUUGAGGAGGUCAACAUGUUCAAGGAGGACGGCAACGUCAUCCACUUCGCCAACCCCCGUGUCCACGGCGCCGUCCCCUCCAACACCUUCGCCCUGUACGGCAACGGCGAGGAGAAGGAGCUCACCGAGCUCGUCCCCAACAUCCUCAACCAGCUCGGCCCCGACUCCCUCGCUUCCCUGCGCAAGCUCGCUGAGAGCUACCAGAACAUGCAGAAGCAGCAGGGCGAUAAGAAGGACGAUGAGGAGGAUGAUAUCCCCGACCUCGUCGAGGGCGAGAACUUCGAGACCAAGGAAUAA